UGCUGCUGCUUCUCCUCUCGCCCAGUGCAUUGUGGUCUGUGAGCUAAAGGAAGCUGCAGUAGCGGAAUCUGAAGAAUUCGAGGUGUCCGCCAAGUCUCUGCUGCUCACCGACAACUUCCAGUCUGUAGCUCUGCGCACCGUCCGGACUGCAAAGGUUUAACAAGGAGAACAAAAUGUCUCAGGCCGACAAAAUGAAGCAGGGCCAGUUCACCAACCCUGAGACCCCAGGGUAUGUUGGAUUUGCCAACCUGCCAAAUCAGGUUCAUCGCAAGUCAGUAAAAAAAGGAUUUGAGUUCACGUUGAUGGUUGUAGGUGAGUCUGGACUUGGAAAAUCCACCCUGAUCAACAGCCUCUUUCUUACUGACCUUUACCCUGAGAGAGUCAUACCUGGAGCAGCAGAAAAGAUAGAAAGGACGGUUCAGAUCGAGGCGUCGACUGUAGAAAUUGAGGAGCGAGGAGUGAAGCUCCGUCUCACGGUGGUAGACACACCAGGUUACGGAGAUGCGAUCAACAGCCAGGACUGUUUCAGCACUAUUAUCAGCUACAUUGAUGACCAGUUUGAACGCUACCUCCAUGACGAGAGCGGUCUGAAUCGUAGACACAUUGUUGACAAUAGAGUUCACUGCUGCUUUUAUUUCAUCUCCCCGCUUGGUCAUGGCCUGAAGCCCCUGGACGUCCAGUUCAUGAAGGCCAUUCACAACAAGGUUAAUGUGGUUCCUGUCAUCGCCAAGGCCGACACUCUCACCCUCAGAGAGAGGGAGAGGCUCAAGCGCAGGAUUCUGGAUGAGAUCGAUGAACAUGGUAUUAAGAUUUACCACCUUCCCGAUGCUGAGUCGGAUGAGGACGAAGACUUUAAAGAGCAAACUAGGAUCCUGAAGGCCAGCAUCCCGUUUGCAGUUGUAGGAUCCAACCAGCAGAUUGAGGCCAAAGGGAAGAAGGUGAGGGGCCGCCUGUACCCCUGGGGAGUGGUGGAGGUGGAGAACCCAGAACACAAUGACUUCCUCAAGCUGCGGACCAUGCUGAUAACCCACAUGCAGGACCUACAGGAAGUGACCCAGGACCUGCACUAUGAGAACUUCCGCUCAGAACGCCUCAAGCGGGGUGGCAGGUUGUCCUCCCAUGGUUAUGUUCUGCCUCUGUCUCCUGCAAACGGACCGGAGCCGGAAGAAAUGGACAAGGAUAUGAUCCUUCAGGAGAAGGAGGCUGAGUUGAGACGGAUGCAGGAGAUGAUCGCCAAGAUGCAGGCCCAGAUGCAGAAGCAGGGAGACGGCGAGGACGUGUGAACAUUCUUUGGUGUUUGAGCCACUGCUCAUGUCUGACCAGAGAGGAUUGACUCGUACUGAUUGCCACUAUCUUCAUUCAGUCCCACAUGGGAUCUGGAUUUUUUUUUUUUUAUAUACAUACAGUAAAAUAUAUUCAAACAGUGUUAUGGUUAUAUAUUUACAAAUGGUUCUAUUUCUUUUUUAUGUUUUGUUUUUUUAAACAUUAUGCCAGUUACUCAAAUGAAGUCAUGUGACCCAUCUUAAAAAAUUGUGAAGUAUAUUUUUUAAUACAAAUCCAUUGGGAUCUUCUGUUACUUCUCCAGUUUGUCCUUAUUUUGCUAUUGAGAAAACCAAAGUAUUGGUGCUUGGAUUCAGUGCGUUUAGUCCAAAAACAUCUCAUGCUAACUAGCAUUGGCUGUGAGAGUGCAUCAUUGGGAGACUCAGCUAUGGUGAAAACUAAUAGCAGCUUUUCAUUUCAUUGUUUCAACAUUCAUUUUGUCAAACAUAAUUUAAGAUAACCAACCAAGCUUCCCAUCAUAUAGGGUUCACUCUGCUCAGUGUUAUCAUAUUAUCUCACUCAUGCAUGCAACUCUCUCGGCUCCUCCCUUCUUUUAACCUCGAGUGCAGUUCUCAGAUCAGUAUCAUGAAGUACGACUGCCCUGAAGCUCCGUUUGAGUUUGAUCUGAAUCAAAUAAACUGUGACCCUUGACCUCUUACAGUCUUCCUGUAGAACUGACCAAUGAAGGACGGACAAAUGAGGUGUCUUUUUUUUACUGUGACACACCUCUGUUUGGUGCAUCUUUGAAUUAGAUGCAUUUACUUAAUAUCUCCUCUCUAUUGUAAAGUGAAGUCAUGUGCCAGGGAGCAUUUUGUUUCAUUGAGAUUUAAGAAGUAUCAACUUUCACGUGUCCCAACUGCUGAGUAUUUUGUGGUUUCUAUGGCCGCAGAGGUUAAUGGUGACCCGAUGAGGUCAAUGUAGCCAAUGUUUCCCCGUCACCAGCCAAGAUGUGUUCUUGACAUUCCUCUUUGUGCGGUUUUUAUCCAAUAUUAAAGUACCAAAUAUUGUUCUUGAUACAUAUAUUGUAAUAAAGGUUUUAUUAAACUUGAACA